AUGGCAAUCAAAUUCCAGAUGCCUGGUUAUUAUAAUUAUUUUGGAAAAGCGAUUGAAUUUUUGAUAAAUUUUAGGCAUACAUAUUUUGAUUCGCAAAAAAAUAUCAUCCGAUCGGAUUAUGGCUUUAUGCCGGUGAAAAAUGCAACAAAACGUGAUCCUCGCAUACACAUUGCAUAUCUUACUACCAGUAGCGAAGGAUUUUCGAUGAUGGAGCAAGGAACGGUAGUCGGACGCAAAAUUACUUUUCAUCUGAAACAGUUUCUUCGACGCACGUUUUCUGUUGGAAGUGGUGGUGUAGAUCUGGAUAUCCGAGAGUUUGAGCGAAGAAUCGAAAUUCUUGAUUUCUAUCACAUGUCAAUGAAGGUGCGUGCUGAAACAGCAACUGGAACAGAAGGAUUCACUGCGAUAUAUCGAAAAAUUAUGCCCUGA